GACAUCAGUUCAUACCGUCAACGGCGAAGCAGAUUUUGCAAGAAGUGAUUCUGUCCGAAAACUGUUGAAUAUUAGAUAUGGCGCGUACCAAGCAAACUGCUCGUAAAUCAACGGGAGGUAAAGCUCCCAGGAAACAACUCGCGACGAAAGCUGCGCGUAAAAGCGCACCUUCUACCGGUGGUGUAAAAAAACCCCAUCGUUACAGGCCUGGUACGGUAGCGCUCAGAGAAAUCCGAAGAUAUCAGAAGUCUACUGAAUUGCUGAUCAGAAAGUUACCAUUCCAGCGUUUAGUUCGUGAAAUUGCACAAGAUUUCAAGACUGACUUGCGUUUCCAGAGUGCUGCUAUCGGAGCUCUCCAAGAAGCUUCGGAAGCUUACUUGGUUGGGCUGUUUGAAGAUACCAAUUUGUGCGCUAUCCAUGCCAAGCGUGUGACAAUCAUGCCUAAAGAUAUACAGCUCGCGAGACGAAUUCGUGGCGAACGUGCUUAAACAUUUUCAUUACCCGAAAUCCUUAAAUAUUUCUGUAAUCGAAUUCAUUUUUUGUUGUCACAUUCGUGGAUACUUUUCAUCGCUAUUAAAUUCAAUGCAAUCGCGUCGUUUUCAUGAAUCAUUAUUGCAAUUGACACUGCCAAGUCUUUUGGAGGAUAAGAUGCAGGAGACAAAGUAUAUCUAAUAAUUAUAUUGAGUAGGAUAGUCGAAUAUGUUUAUGAUUUAUUGCUAGGAGAAUAUAAAGAAGGCACAAAGUGAAAUAUGUAGUUCAUAGCCAGGUAGUAAAAACACUUUGGAUAAUUAAUAUUUCAUCUUCGUGUAUUACUGUAAGUGAAAUGGAUGACGGAAGCAGUUCAGCAUGUAGAGAUAAUAUUUUAGCAAAAACAGCUUGUUAUACUCACCAUUUAGUUUCUUCUGCAAGUAACCCCUGUUACC